AUGUGGAUCUGUCUGGCCUGGAGUUGGCACCGGCUAAGUUCCUGUCUCGUGCCAGGACGCGGCAUGGCGGUGCUAACGGCUGCCCUGUAUGUCGCCUUGAACGAACGUUUUCAACUGGCGGGGGAAUGGGUUGUCGAGGGGGUGGAAGCCAAGGGCUUCGCCUACGCCGGUUUAUUUUUGGCGGUGGCCGCACUGGUUGAGCGGCGUUGGAACCACGCGUUGAUUUGGAUCGGACUGGCGACGGCCGUGCAUCCGCUGGUCGGGCUAUGGGGAGGAGUUUGCCUGGCUGCGAGUUGGGUUUUGGCGGGGAGAGACCGGCCAGGGAUUCAGGAGCUUCUACCUGGGUUGCUGCUUGGCGGGGCGAUUGGGGCGAUCGGUGUGGUGCCCGCCUUGAUGAUGGACAUGCAGGCCGACGCCUACAGUCGCAGGCUAGCGCACGCCGUGUAUGUCUUCCAUCGUUUGCGACACCAUCUGCUGCCGGAGGCUUUCGAAACGCUGUUCGUACUCCGUCACUUCCUGUUGUUCACCGUGUGGUGCGCGGUCGCCUGGGGGACGCCGCGGACCGACGACUGGCGAAGGUUCCGCGGCUUCGUAUGGGGCGCGAUCAUUAUUGCCCUCUGCGGGUUUGCGAUCGAUCUAGUCACGAGAUACGACAACCAACUUCGGGCCUCAUUGCUCCGCUUGUACUGGUUUCGCAUGACGGAUGCGAUUCUCCCGCUGGGCGUUGCCUUGGGAAUGGUCCCGGCGGUGCGGUGCAUUACCGGCGCGCGUCCCCGGUUAGGGCAAACCAUCAUUGCCGGGCUGUGCAUUGCUGCGUCGGUACAUCUGCUGGAGUACGCCGGUACCUGGCGGCAACAACCGCGGCCCCCUCGUGGUGAACGGGCGGAGAAUCUUUCUGACUGGCGUGACGUUUGCGCGUGGGUUGCCGAGAAUUCGCCACCAGACGCGGUGUUUAUCACUCCCAGGUACAAUCAAACGUUCAAGUGGCACACCGGUCGAGCAGAGGUGGCCACCUGGAAAGACUUGCCACAGGAUGCAGAGAGCAUGGUCCAGUGGUAUCGUCGCUUGAAAGCGUUGCGUCUUACCCCGGAAGAACGCAUGAACCGAUUGGGACCACAAACUCUGGACUGGCUUGGUACCGAGCGACUUCAGCAGGCCGCCGAUGAGUACGGUGCCGGCUAUUUGUUGACCGUGAAUAGCGUUCAUGACGUGAUGAUCGCCCCUUGCAGAGUGAGUCUCGCGAGCUUUCUGCUCUGCGUCGCAUCGUUCAUCUUGGCGGACGCGAUUGCGAUCUCAGUUGCGGUAGAAUCGACGACUUCGGGGCGCCUGCUUUUCACUUCUGCUGGACGCACGGGGAUUGUUGCCUCCGAUGGAGGCGGCCUACGCUGGUUGAAGUUUGACGUCCCGAACCAAUCCACCUGGCAAGUGUCCCAGUACUUCUCCGAUGGAGAGUUGCUGCUGUUGAGCAUGGAGCCUCGUCGUGAUGGACCCGGCCGUCCAUUUGCCGAGUAUUACACCAAGACGCCGACCCACCUCUGGCGAUUCAGCCUCGAUACGGAAAGUUUGGAGGAACUCGCUACCAAGGAACGGAUGGCGCCUUUUUAUACACCCGCUCUGCUGAUCAACGAUUCCAGCAUGCUGGUUCAAGUGGUGAAGGAUGGUGUUGGACAGAUCUACCGCAUGGACUUGAAUGGCUCGAACGCCCGAGAGUUCACGCGGGCGGGGGAGGGGCUGCCUUACGGGUUGAGCCUUAUCCCUGAUGGUGAGCGUGUCGCAUUUCAUCUCGCCAGCCCGAUGGGUUAUCAGAUUUGGACGAGUGAUCUAGAAGGUGGCGACCGAAGGUUGAUUGCCGGAGACCCUGAACAUCUCUAUUUCGGCCCGGUGUGGUCCCCCGACGGGGAAUGGAUCGCCUAUCACGAUUGCCAUUUCCAGAGCGACCCUGGGCACGAUUGGUCGGACUUGCGUAUCUCGAAGCGUGAUGGAAGCGAGCACCGAGAGCUCACAGACGACCAGGCCCUUUGGUUUGCCGCCACCUACGGACCGCCCGAAGCAAAGGGAGGCGGGUCGAAUCUUCCAGUGUGGGCACCCGACGGGAAGCUGCUUUACUCACGCCGUACGCCUGGAGCCAAGGUCCCUUGGGAGUAUCAGCCCAAUCGGCCCGAUACCGAUCACUUCAAUCGUGAUUUCAAGCCGGAGGUGGCUCACGGCGGAGCAUACAUCGAGGAGUUCGAUCCGCAGACGGGAAACUUUACUGCACUAACUUCGCCCACAGAGGGAAGGUGGGACUUUCGAGUCGUUGUCUCACCCGAUGGGAAGCAGAUUGCCUUCUGCCGGACCUCGACCGGAAAGGUGCCCACGCUGUGGAUGAUGUCUCGCGACGGCAGCAAUGCUCGAGAAGUUGCGUCCGCAGGCCAAGCGGCGAUCGAUCACCCGCGUUGGGUGCCCGAUGCAGAGCAGCCUUGA